AUGGCGGAGGGGUGCCUUUCCUUUGUCUCAUCACAACAUGGCAAAAUAUCGACGAGAUCAAGUCAUUUCUAAAGAUAUCCUGAAGUAUUUAUUCUUCUAACAGACGAAUUGAUGCUUUUUAAAGAGGUUUUAAUGCUCCUUCCACAAAGUGAAAUCUGUCUGUGAAUUCCUUUCGCUUUUCCUUCGAGGUGGCAGGAAGUUUCUCAUGUUUGUUGUGUGCCAAGUUUUCGAAUGAUUAUGUCGACAGUGGAUGGUCAGUCGUGGCGGGAAUUGCUCAACCCAAAACCAAAGGUGUACGAAGCGGCUCGAGAUGGCGCUGUUAUUCUACUCAGUGACAUACUUCAGCGGAUGAACCUUACCGAGAGAAGCAGCGCUUUGGAGACUAAAACUAAAGAUGGCGACCAAAUUACCACCCCACUGAUCAUUGCCGCACGUAAUGGCAACCUGGACUCAGUGAAGAUGCUGUUAAGGUACAAAGCAGUCAUCGAGGCUCGAGGAACUGUCAAGGUUGAUGACCAGGUGAUUGAAGGAUGCACUCCUUUGUGGGCCGCGGCGGCUACUGGACAUCUCGACGUGGUGGAACUGUUAAUCGAUCGAAGUGCGGACGUCGAUGGAAGAACACUGACAAAUUCGACUCCAUUAAGAGCUGCUGCCUAUGAUGGGCGGCUUGAUAUUGUGAGCUGUUUGGUUGAGAACGGCGCCGAUGUUAACGCCCGCAAUAAUUUUGAGAAUACCCCUCUCAUGGUGGCGUGCUACAAUGGCCACAUGAGUGUUGUUACUUAUCUCAUCAAGAAAGGAGCUGAUAUGGACCUACAAGACAAACAGGGUAACACUGUUCUUCAUUAUGCGGUGGAAAGGGGCCACUUUGAGAUUGCCAACGAGCUAUUAGCUCUUGGAGUAUCACAACUGGCCAAUAUUCAGCGUUUGACACCACUUCUGCUAGCCAGUAAUGACUGUAAAAUUGAAAUGGUGGAGUACUUUAUAGAGAGACCUGAAUGCACCAAGGAGCAAAGAAUUGAAGGGUUGGAGCUUCUAGGAGCCACUAUCGCAAAUGAGCCUGAUGUUUAUGACAUUGAAAAAGCAUUCAGUUACAUGAAACGUGGAAUGGAAGAGAGGUAUGAAGACCCAUCACAACUGUUGCUUAAAAAGAAAAUGGAACCACUUGAAGUUUACCAGAAGAAAAAAGAGAGUCAAACUCUUGGAGAACUUGCGCUAUUAGAGGGUGAUGAUCAUGCCGUCCACAUGGAGGGACUAAUUAUUAGAGAGAGAAUCCUUGGUACUGACAACACAGAACUUCGCUUUCCAAUUAGAUACCGUGGAGCUGUUUUUGCUGAUUCUGGAAAUUUUGAUCUUUGCAUUGGUUUGUGGGGACAUGCCAUGGAGAUUGGCCAGCGCUGUAAUCAACCAAUCACAGAUGAUCUCAAGAUAUUUGCUGACUUCUUUUGCCACAUGGUGCAAAGAAAUUGCCUUCCAAAGCAAAAGUACAUUGAAGAGGUCUUUGAAAGAGCAAUCUGUGAAUAUAAAAGACUCACUGAAAAAAUGCAGUCCAAAAAUCUUAAAGGGGAACACGAAACUAAAGUGCUCAAAGAGGAACUUGAAAAUGUAGUUUAUCGUGCUCUGUAUCUUCUCACAAUCUUUGCCAAAGUUCAGGAUUCAAGUAAAACUGAAAAUUCAGCUCUGUUUGAUCUCAUCGAAAGGUUUCUGCGAUUGAAUCCUAGGACUCUUGAAGGUAAUACAAUGUUGCAUUUAGCUGCAUGGUCGAAGACUCCUACAGAGGAGCAUUAUGUGCGAGAUGUGUGCAAAUUUCCUUGCAUUGCAACCAUGAAACUCAUCAUGAAUGCUGGUGGAUAUGUAAAUUCUGUCAACAACAGAGGAAACACUCCUCUUCAUUUGGCAGUGACUUAUAAACCCAGCACUGGAGGUCUACAAGUGUUGCGAGAUGUAGUGGAAACCCUGUUGGAUGGUGGAGUUCAUGAAGACCUUGUUAACAGUGAUGGCAAAACUGCCAUGGAUGUAGCUGGAACAGAUGAGGCUCGCAGAAUUCUUUCUGCUAAGAGCAGACUGGAGUUGAAAUGCAUUGCUGCCAGAGCUGUGCGUAAAUUUGGAUUAUCUUAUUUUGGUGUGGUUCCUAAGACUGUUGAAAAAUUCAUUAGUUUACACUAAGGGAUUGACCUUUAUUAACUCUUUAACUCCCAAGAUCUCAUUAGUAAUUCUCCUUACUGUCUGCCAAACAAUUCUCAUUAUGUUAGUUUGGAGAAUUUGGCAUUGGAUUACUUAGUAAUCCUAUAAUUGAUAUUUUUCUUUAUUCUCAUCACUUGUCUGCAUGGUAUUGUAUAGAUAUAGUAAGGAGAAAUUCUGUUUUGGUCACUCAAGGGAGUUCAAGGGUUAAUAAAAGAUAUGUAGGAAGACAAGCUGAUGCAAUUUAAAUUGCAAAAAUUUGAGGAAUCCUCACCGUUUUGGUGAAAGAUGAGAAAAAAAUCCAACAUAAGUUACAAAACAUGCUCUACAAAAAUACAGUGCUUAUAUUCAAGUGAAACAACCUGCUCAAAUAUUUGUUAUAAAAUGGGAAUUUUCAGCUUCCACUCUAAACCAUUUAAUAAUGCCUUUAAGAAGUAAAAGAAAACUUUUUAUGCACAGGACACCUUUCACUUGAAUUUAGAUUAAAUUGCUCUUCCAUUUAAAUAAAAGUAUGGAUGUAAGAAUCUGUAUUAUCAAUGUCAACAUAGAUUUUUUUUAUGGGAAACUUUUCAGUAGCAGUGUCACCUCAGAUCUUUAAUGGAACAACAUUUGGAAUUUUUUUCCCUUUUUGUGUAAAUAAAAUAGUUAAAUAAUUAGAGAUAGAUAAGAAUGUAUUAUUUUUGCAAUACCAAUUUCAACAUGAAUAACAACUAUUCUUUUUGUUGAUAAUAAUAUUACCUGCUCUCUUAACAUCAGAUCAUCAUCUGGGGACUUUGUGUCACCUAUCUAUGAUGGUUAACACUGAAUGCAAGACAUGACUUGUGAGUAAUCUAUCUCUUGUUUGAAGGGAACUGACUUUCAAGAGAAGGCAUAUAGGCCUAGUUUAGUUCAAAUCAUUAGUAAUGAUUACUCUUGCCAGAAUAUUUAUCGAGAUGUAAUACCCAGUUGUUCCCAGAAAAAUUUUGCAAUACUACACAGCAUGUUGAGUUGCAUGUACUGAAGUAUAAUAAUAUUUAACCCUUUCACUUCCUGUAAAAGCUGAAAAAGAAUUUCUCCACACAAUGUGGAAACAUUUUCAAGGCAGUGAGAGGAAAAGAAAAAUACAAUUUAGGGUGUACUGGUCUAUUCAACUCCAAAUUUGUGGAGUAUAAGAUAAAAGAAA